CAUACGUAUGUACGUAAUUUAUCAGCUGAUUUUGUUAGUGAGCUGAGUGAGUCCUGAUGGGCAUUUUCUAAGAAAAUUUGUUGACGAAGCGUGAAUGGUCAAUCCUAUCAAAUUUGAAUGAUAAUGAUGGGUCCUUUACAGAUAAUUGCGCGAACCGGAAAAAUCGCACCAGGAGGAUUCCUUAAGAUUGUUCCAAAUAGUGUAAACAUAUGUUUGAGUCGAAGUAAAUAUUACUAUGUAAACAAAGAUAAAGAUAAAACCUGGACAGAUAUUAUGGAAUCAACAACUACACAUAUGUUUUUUCUUGAAAUUAUUCGAGGAAUGGGAAUUGCUACGUCUCAGAUAUUUAGGGAACCAGCAACGAUAAAUUAUCCUUUUGAAAAGGGACCUUUGAGUCCUAGAUUUAGAGGAGAACAUGCAUUAAGGAGGUAUCCUUCUGGGGAAGAAAGAUGUAUUGCUUGUAAAUUAUGUGAAGCAAUAUGUCCUGCGCAAGCUAUUACAAUUGAAGCAGAAGAAAGAGCAGAUGGAUCUCGACGGACUACAAGAUAUGAUAUUGAUAUGUCGAAAUGUAUUUAUUGUGGUUUUUGUCAGGAAGCUUGUCCAGUAGAUGCUAUUGUUGAGGGUCCCAACUUUGAAUUUUCAACUGAAACUCAUGAAGAAAUGCUGUACAACAAGGAAAAGCUUUUAAAUAAUGGAGAUAAGUGGGAAUCCGAAAUUGCUAAUAAUAUUCAUGCUGAUCAUUUGUAUCGCUAAACACUAUUGUGUUAUAACGUAGUCUUAGGGCCGAUUGUUCCACUUUUUGGUAAAUUUUACCUGUGAGGUAAAUCUGAUAAUCCAUGUAUGUAAUUGGAUAAUCUUGCUACUUACCCAACAGGUAAAAUUUAUCGAAAGGUGGAACAACUAGCCCUUAAUGAUUAAGUAAAAAAGUGUGGAA